CCUAAAGGUACAUUUCCUGUAUCGUCUCUGAUUGUUUUCCUUCUUGGAUUGUCGAGCGUAAACAGUCAAUUGCAUAUCCCUUUUGUUAUAAUUACAGUACAGCCAAUGCUCGACAACGUUUUAUUUUUUGAUACCCUUGUUUGGCUUGUUGCAACGAUGAAUGUGAACCCAACGUCAGGCCUUGAUAUAUCGAACGAACUUGCGGACACCGAAACCGUUUAAAUUUCCCGCUGCGUUAGGCGCCGAGUUGUGUCUUUCAUGCCUUGGAAACCAACUCAAGCCAGGGAUUCGGCUGGAAGUGAAUUACGACCUCGAGUUCAUUAAGGGUACGGCUGACCGUGGGCCCGGUGUCUUCAGACAUGCAGACGACGGACAUUGGAUCAAAAGAGCACGGCAAGAUUUGGUACAGAAAGCCGAUACCGUCCCUCAGUGACGGGGUUAUAGUUAAUGUUUUCCGGAGUGCUGGAGGGAUCCACACCAAGACCAUUCGCUUUUUGCAUGUUGCCUUCAGUACGACUGGAGACGCAUUCUUGGCAGGGGACCAUCAUGGAAAUAUCUACAUGUUUGACAUUAGCAGAAACAAGUUUACCCUUGUUCAAAAGACUGGUCAGGCAUGUACUGCUCUGGCCUUCUGUCUCCGAAGGGGUACGGAAUACUUGGUGGCUCUGGCUGACUACUCCAUUAAAUGUUAUGAUACAGCUACUAAGGAGCUUGUAAGCUGGAUGAGAGGACAUGAAUCAUCCGUGUCAUCAAUCUCAGUUCAUGGAUCUGGUAGAUUUGCCGUCACCACUUCAUCAGAUACAGCUCAGCUCUGGGAUCUAGACACCUUUCAGAGGAAAAGGAAACUCAACGUUCGUCAGACUGUAGGCAUACAAAAGGUCUUCUUUUUACCACUAAGCAAUAUCAUUUUGAGCUGUUUUAAAGAUGGUUCCAUCUUUGCAUGGGAGAGUGAUACAUUGCAAUGUAAAUACCAGCUACCUGAGCCUGAUGAAGGACAAAAAAUACAUUAUAAAUCUUUUGCAGUUACCAGAGAUGGGCGAAUGUUGGUUGCUGGUGGAAAAUCUAAUUUUCUUCACCUGUGGUGUUUGGAUAACAAGCAGCUUCUAAGAAUAAUUCAAAUGCCACCAAAAGUCCGUACUGUUCGUCACCUGGAAUUUCUCCCUGAUCCUUUUGAUGGUGGAUCUAGCCAGAUCCUUGGAUGUCUGAGUCAAGAUGGCAUAAUGCGAUUUAUCAAUAUUCAGACUUGUAAACUGAUAUUUGACAUUGGAAGUCUUGACAAUGGCAUCAGUUCUGCGGUUAUCAGCCCAAAUGGACACCACAUAGUAGCUUUGAUGGGAAAUGGAAGUCUUAAUAUUUACAGUGUACAGUCACUUACACAAGAUGUUAAUAAGCCCCCUCCACCUUUAGUCAAAGUUGUUGAACAGUCUAAUGUGUCCAAACCUUCUAAACAAGCAUCUUAUCAGAGAAUGAAAACGAAAUCUGAGAGACCACCAAAAUCAGGUGGGGAGACCAUCAAAGCCAGAGUGCCAAGACCACCACCCGACAGCACUUUUACAGAUAAAGAGAAUGAAUUGCCAGAGGGGUUGAACAAGAAAAGAUUACAGGCCUUGCUUAAAGAAUUUGGGGAAUAUCCAACCAAAUACAGGAUGUUUGUCUGGCGUUCCCUUCUCCGCCUUCCUGAAAACCAUGCUGCUUAUAGUAACUUAAUUGACAAAGGCCCUCAUUCUGCAUACCAGCAGCUUCAUAAGGAGUAUCCUAUCAAGAGCCAGAGGUUGGAACGAAUUUUGCAGAGGAUACUCUCCGCUCUGGCUCACUGGUCAGCUAUCUUUGGGGAAACGCGCUAUCUUCCAUUGGUGGCUUUUCCGUUUGUAAAACUCUUCCAGAACAACCAAUUGAUCUGUUUUGAAGUUAUUGCCACAUUUAUUAUGAAUUGGUGCCAGCAUUGGUUUGAGUACUUCCCCAACCCUCCUUUAAAUGUGCUAAGUAUGAUUGAGAAUAUUAUUUCACAUCAUGACAAAGAAUUGCUCCAGCACUUUGUGAAGUGCAAUAUAACUUCACAGAUUUAUGCCUGGCCUUUACUAGAAACUGUGUUUUCAGAGGUGCUUACACGAGAUGAAUGGCUCAAACUGUUUGACAACAUUUUUUCCAACCAUCCAUCCUUUCUUUUAAUGGUGAAUGUGUCCUAUAUCAUUUCCUCCAGAUCAGCUUUGCUACACUGCUCAUUAAAAGAGGACUUUGAGUACUAUUUUCACCACCAUAAUACCUUGGACAUUAAUUCAGUAAUUAAGGAAGCUUAUCGAUUAAUGGAAACUACACCUAAAGAAAUUCAUCCCUCGUUCAUGCUCGAUGACUUUGAGCCCUUAACCAGAGGACAGUAUCCAGUGUUUAACAAAUACCCUGCUUUUAUUGUGGACUACCAGUCUCAAGAAAGAGAGAGAAUUCGUUUACAAGAGCUGGAAUAUUUAAAGGAAAGACAGAUAACACAUGAGCUUCAAGCUGAAGCAGUAAGGCGUAAGGCUGCUGAUGAUGCGUGGUACAGACAGCAGGAGCUCCUGCAAGAAGCUGAAGAGCAGAGGAGAAAGUUAUUAUUGGAAGAAGAGCAGAAGCUGAUGGACCAAAGGAGCAGGUUAGCUGCAAUGAAACGUGAAUUAAAAAUAAAGGAGCUGCAUCUUCUCGAAGCAGCCCGGAGACGGUUUUUGAAAUAUCAGCAGGACCAGAAAAAAAUGGAGUUGCAUAGACUGGAUGAUGAAAUUAAUAGAAAGGCAUCUUUGAGAGAACAAGAGACGGCAAAUGUGGUUCAAGACAUCGAGGUGAGGCAAAUGGAGCUAGAAACACAAAGGAGGAUUUUGGAACAGGAACUUACUAAAGAACAGGAGAAAAUAAAUCGAGAAAUAAAAGGACAAGUGGAUGCCAUGAGAAGAAAGGCUGAGGUGGAAGAACGUAUGAUGCGGAGUCUGAUAGACACAGAUGUUAUCCAGGACUCUGCGAAAAAAAAGAUCUUGGAGGAGUCCUUGGCAGAGGCAGAUCGUUUGUGUGAAGAUACCAACUGGCAAGUAAGAAUGCUUCAGAGACAAAGAAUGGCAGAUAUGGACCGGGAGCGACACUAUCAAGAGCUAGCUCACCUUGCUGAGGAGACUAGGAAGAAGGAAGGGCAACUUAUUGAUUUAAUGCAAGAAGUGCAGGGUAUUAAGUGGGAGGAAGUUGUGGAGAAAAAAGCGCAGUUGGAAGAGGAGAUGCAAGCCAGUGCCUUGGCAGAAGCUCGUCGUAACCAGUUUUUUACCAGGGGAAUGGAACACGUGGUACAGCAAAGACAGAAUGCAUCUGGACACAGUGAAAGUUCUUCAGAGAGAUUAUGUGAUUUGAGAGCGAAGCCUUCCUGCUCUACAAAAUGCAAAAUAGAUCACACGUACUUGUCUCCUCGUCAGAACAGCUGCAUAAAUGAUGUUUCCUCAUCCGAUUCUUCAGUACAAUUUAUUUCAGGCAGAGGAAGAAGAGAGUUUGAAAAUAGAGAACGAGAACUAAUGAAUGAUGUUCGAGAGCUACGCCAAAAAUUGGUUUCCCAGGCAAGGAGAAAAGCAAUGUCUUCAUUUUCUUCGAUUUCCCAGUCCGAUUACACAAUCUAGAAAAUUAAUCCUAUUGUAUAAAUAUUAUUAAAUACAUUAACUAUAAUGAGGUUGAUUUCAAAAUAAACAAGGGAACAAUUAAAUUACAAAUUAUGUCAUAUGAAUUAUUUUAGCUAGUUUUAACUUGGGGGAACUGUUAGUGUUUUUAGUUUGCUUUUAAUUAUUUGAAUUAUGCCAUCUGCUUGAAGUUGCUGGUUUUGCUAAGCAUGUUGUUUAUAACUGUUAUUUAUUUGUAUCUUAUUUAAAUAAGUUCAUAGUUUUUAUUUUGUAUAGAGUCAUUUAAAAAUGUAUU